UUCAGAUCAAACAGUGACAUGUACAGAUAUCUAUGUUGGAUUUUGACUAUCCUAUCUGCAAAACAUUAUGCUUUUUCAAUACCUACAGUUCCUUCCAAUUGGUGGCAGUAUCCAUAUCCAUAUGACGUACUCUCAGUAGGGGAAUCACAAGAAAAACUCCAAAAUGAAAAUUUAAUUGACAGUUACACAGAGAGCACAGAACAAUCCUACGGUCAGAGACGACUUAGAAACUGUUUGGAUCCAAAGAUUGGGAGACUAGGAAGAAAAGUUAGAUAUGGUUGUUCCAAGCGCCGCAAUAAAUCCAGGCGAUUGGAUGGACUGUGUAACGAUUUUGAAAAUCCAGCAUCGGGAAGUCUUUAUUAUCGUUUUGGCAGAAAUGUUCCCCUAAAUGCCACAGUUAGAGAUGAGAAGAAUUUGUACAACCCCAAUCCACGUGACAUAAGUCGUACAUUAAUGAAGAGGAAGAAAUUUAUUCCGGUAACCAUUGUUAAUAUCCUUGUAACCGGAUGGGUCCAGUUUAUGACCACUGAUUGGUUUGACAGUGGCAAAAACGACAGGAGCAGACAUUUAAAGGUUCCUAUUCGAGAUGAUGAUCCAGAUUUCUAUGAUAUAAUGGAAAUACCUAUGACAAGACCAGACAGCUGCAGACAUUCCAAAGAUUACAAUACCUACCAAAAUACUGUAACACACUGGUGGGAUGCAUCACAACUAUAUGGAAUUAACAAACAAAUAAAUCGUCGUAUCCGCACAAGAAAAGACGGAAAAUUAAAACUAACUUCAAAUAACCGUCUACCGAUUGAUCCGUCGAAUGGAGUGCCAAUUACGGGAAGUUCCUUAAAUUGGUGGGUAGGACUAGGUAUAUUUCAUAUAAUUUGGACGCGAGAACACAAUUACGUAUGCAAUAUGCUUAAAGAACGAAAUCCAACUGGGAAUGAUGAAAUGUUGUAUAACACGGCAAGACUCAUUAUUGCUGCAGUAAUUGCUAAAAUUCAUACGCUAGAAUGGACAACUGCUAUCCUGCAAAAUGAUGUUGCUAAGUUGGGGUUAAAGUCUAACUGGUAUGGAGUAACUCCUAUUGAGAUUGCAAGGGGAAAUGCAACCUUAGCAGCAUGGUUAACCAAACAAUUUCCACAGUUUUCGAAUGGCGUACCGGGAGCUGUAGGAAACCCGAAAAACAUUAGAGGAGUUCCAUAUUCGCUUACACAAGAUUUCAUCGCCGCAUACCGAUUACAUCCACUAUUGCCAGAUGAAUUUGAAGUAAGAAGUCACCAAACAGAUAUAUUAGUAAACCGAUACGACAUGAAAGACGCAGUAUUUGAGAAGGCGGAGUCAGUCUUUGAAGAAAACUCAAUGGAGGACUUAAUUUAUACAUUUGGCAAUGAUUAUCCUGGUGCAAUGACUCUCCACAAUUAUCCAAAUUUCUUGAGAAAUCUUGAUAUACCUGCUACAAGUCUUCGUGGAAAUGGAAAAGUAGACAUGGCUACAAUCGAUAUAUUACGUGACAGGGAAAGGGGAAUCCCGAGAUACAAUGCGUUUAGGCGGUUGUUCCAUAUGACACCGAUCAACAAAUUUGAAGAUCUCACCACAAAUCCCACUCAUGCCGAAGAACUUCGUCAUAUGUACAAUAAUGACGUAGAGUUGAUUGAUUUCCUAAUUGGAUCACUAGCCGAAUCACCGCUUCCUGAAGGUUUUGGGUUUAGCGACACAUUCUUUAGAAUUUUUACUAUUAUGGCUCGAAGAAGAUUGGAAUCGGACAGAUUUUUUACAGACGACUACACUUCUGAAUAUUAUACUCAAUGGGGCAUUGACUAUAUAGAUGCCACUUACAUGAAAGAUAUAUUACUUCGCCACUAUCCUUCGCUUGCUUCACAUUUGCAACCAAAUGUUGCAAACGUCUUUAUUCCUUGGAAAAGUCAAACGUCACUUGACAAAAAUUUUCCUUAUCCUUUAUAUUAACUCGAAAUAUCUGUUCGGAUGAAGUUCGUUUAUCAAAUAUAAAAUCAAAUAUACCACGUAAUUUUGAUAGGGAUAAGGACAGCAUUUUCUGAAAAUUUAGUUGAAAGUGAAAGAUAUCUAUUUCUGAUUAUAUACUGUAGUACCUGACUGUUUUGGUGGAACAAAUAUACUAAUACUAAAUUCUUUGUUUCCGUGGCCUUUUAAAUCUACCGUCAUAUAAAAAGUAUCCUUUUAUAAUAUUCUGUCAAUAAAGAUUUAUUUUCCUUCUUAGAAAAUUCUGCAACAUCAUGUCAAUACAGAAUUGUUUUUAAUGGACGUAAAAUCAAACCAAAAAUGUAACACUUUUAAGACAUUGAUCAACUGAAAAUAUAUGCAUAUGAAGUAAACAUGGUCACUUCCAGGCGCAUUAUAGACCCUACUGACAAACAACCUAGUCAUUCAGUAAGCUUUUUCAUACUUGAUCCGUUGUUAUCAUUUGGACUAUCAGUAACGUCUUCGUUGCGUUCUAUAUUUUAGAGGUUUAAUACUACUUGGCUCGUAAACACGUAUAUAUGCCGUCCGAAUAAGAACUUCGAAACAGUUGUUCUUUGAUUUACUGAAAGAAAAACAAAAGUGAUAUUUCAAGGUAGAUAACCUUCUCAAGAAAUUGUAACUCAAUUUUGAUUCGGAUUUCUAUUUUAAAAGGUAAUACCACCAAAGUUCUCUAGCUCAUACUUCCUUUUCAAAUUUAGAUUUUUUUUUUUUUUUCAGUUAGACUUUUAUUUUCAAAAUAAAGUCGAUAUCUGAAUGCUCGAAUGAGCAAUAUAGAAUUAUUUGAUUUUACCAUUACGAUAUAUGAAUAUUUUCCAUGCGUAUUUGUCUUCCAAAAAUUCGAAUGACUUGAAUGCUACUUGAAAUCUACGUACAGGAGUACCAGAAGGAGUUUUCCCUAGCCUUCUCUGUUUUUACAUCACACAUAUAUCAUGCGGUUCUCUUUGUAAUCCAGAUUUGGAGAAAAUUAUAUAUUUGUAUAUGGAAACUAUGUUUUCAUUAUUUCUUUUAUCCAGAAUGUUUUCAUGCGAACUUAUAACCAAUAAAGAAGAACG